AUGCGUCUCUCCACCCCCCUCUCCCUCCUCCUCGCCCCCCUCUCCGUCUCCGCCAUCAUCACCGGCCUCACCGCGCCCCCCACCAUCACACCCAACAGCAACAUCACCCUCACGCUCACCACCAGCGACUACAUCCAAGCCGUGACCGACGUAUCCUGCGCCUUCGGCAUCGCGCCAGGCGCCGGCUACCCAGACUCCCUCGGGACACUGAUCUACUCGGCGUACCUGGGCCCCGCGCUCUCCAACACGCUGCAGCCGAUCCCCUUCACGGUGCAAGUGCCGGCGGGGACGCAGACCGGACCGGCGCUCGUCGCGGUGGCGGUUACGAGUCUGUAUGGGGUGGAUAAUGAGCCUGUGGUGAACCUUUUUAAUACUACGGUUACG